GAACUAAUCGGCAUUCGGCACUCAGCCGACUCAGGCAGAGUAGCAGUACGCAGACUAGCAGCCAAGCAGGAGAGCAGAUCAAUUAUUCAAUUGCUUCCAUGUCUCCAGAUCAAGGUGUGAGUUCACCUCCAUCCAUGGAUUCGUCUCCUUCUCAAAUGAGAUCAGUGGAAGACCAUCACAUUGAAAAAGAGGCAAUAGACAGUGAAGGGGGAGAUCAAAGUAGAACAAACCAAUGCACAUUGAAAGGGAAAAAACUGAAAUCCGAUGUGUGGGAUGAUAUGGAGAGAGAUGUUUUGGGUAAUGGGGUGAUUCGAGCUACAUGUAAGCACUGAAAGAAAAUCUUUACUGCCAAUUCUAAGAGUGGAACUUCUCAUUUGAAAAGACAUGUGUCUCAUUGUGCUGCACGUAAGCAUAAUAACAUCAGAAACUUUUGUAUUGUUGGUGAUUCUACUAUAGAAUGUGCCACAAAAAUUGCGAAUACCAUGUCUUUAAGUAGGCCUUUUCCUAGCCCCUCUGCCAUUCGUGAAGCUAUUUAUGUUCUUUUUGUGUCAUGUGCAUUACCAUUUACACUUGUUGAAGCACCUGGUUUUAAGAAUUUCAUGAGUGUUGUUGCACCUCAGUUUCAUCAGGUUAGUAGAGCGACCGUUAAAAGAGAUUCUGUGAGUAACUAUAAAUCCCAUAAACUUAUUGUUGCUCAAGAGCUUGAAAGCGCUCCUGGUCGUAUUUGUUUCACUACUGAUAAUUGGAGGAGUGAACACACGGGUGAUGAGUUUAUGUGUGUUACAGCUCAUUGGAUUGAUAAAUUUUGGAAGCUACAAAAGAGAAUAAUAAAAUUUGCGGCUUUACCUCCUUCAUUAGAUGGUUCUUCUCUUGCUGAUGAGAUUCUUUUAUGUUUUGGUGAAUGGAAAAUAGGUCACAAGGUGUUUAGUUUUACGGUUGAUAAUGCGUCUUAUAAUGAUACAAUGAUAGCAUCCCUUAAAAAGCACCUGUUAAGAAAAAACACCUUGUUGUUGAAUGGGAAUUUUGUUCACAUCCGUUGUUCUUGUCACAUUAUUAACCUAUUGGUUCAAGCGGGGCUGAAACUCAUUGAUGAUGUUGUCAUUAAGAUAAGGAAAACAGUAACACAUUUGAGGCAUUCCAUGCCAAAAAACAAAAAAAUUUAUGAGAUAGCUUCCACUACUUUUAACUUGAACACCACCAAGAAGCUACGGUUAGACACACCUAUUAGGUGGAACUCAACUUUCACUAUGUUGGAUCGUUUCCUUUAUUUUCGGGAUGCUAUUGAUAGCUUUGUUGGAAAGAAUGUAGAUUUGAAAUGGUAUCGUCUCACAGAGGAGGAAUGGGCAAAGGUAAGUCAGUUGAAGAAGUUCUUGCAAGUAUUUUUUGAUGUGACAAAUGACUUUUCUGCUUCUAAGACACCGACCUCUAAUAUUUAUUUUUGUGGGGUGUGGAAAAUUCAUAGAUUGUUGAAAAAA